CAAUUGAGUUGAGUUGUUAUUGUGUGAAACCGGAAAAAGGAUUUCCGUGUGCGCCUCUUUCCUUUUGGCAGUUAGUGUUUGCCAUCUGAGCCUACGAUCCACGCGAAGAACCCAACGCGCUCUAAAAGCAAAGCAGAUCCCAUCCCAUCCCUCCAAUUUUCAACACAAAUACAACGUCACAACCAAGCUAAGCCAAGCCAAGCCGCUUUCAAAAUCCCCCAGCCAAUUCCAAUCCCUAAUUUUACAUCCGAGUGUUGCAGUUGCAGUUGCAGUUGCCUCUCUCUCUGGCGGCACCACCACCGUGAGGAGCAGCAUAAAGAAGAGGAAGUGGUGAUUUUAUUAUUAUUCUUCUUAUUAUGUGGAUGUUGAAUGUGUGGCGGCAUCUACAAGUUAGUCUCAGUCUCACUGCCUAAUUCCUUCCAGGUUUUAUGAACUCCACAAGAUCAUCCUGGUGAACGUUGAGUCAAUACUUAUCGAAUUAUGGCAGAUGGCUUAUCCAGCUUUUGGGGUCCUGUCACAUCCAAAGAUUGGUGUGAGCAAAAUUAUGUCUACUCUUCUUAUAUUGCCGAGUUCUUCAACACUAUAUCGAAUAUUCCAGGCAUCUUGUUGGCACUCAUUGGCCUUAUCAAUGCUUUGAGGCAACGCUUUGAGAAGAGAUUUAGCGUUCUUCACAUCUCCAAUAUGAUACUUGCUAUUGGGAGCAUGCUUUACCAUGCCACUUUGCAGCGUUUGCAGCAGCAAGGUGAUGAAACACCAAUGGUAUGGGAAAUGCUUUUAUAUAUCUACAUCCUUUACUCACCAGAUUGGCACUAUCGUAGCACAAUGCCCACCUUCUUGUUUCUAUAUGGUGCUGUAUUUGCUGUAUUCCAUUCGCUUGUACGACUUAGAAUUGGCUUUAAGGUACACUAUGUGAUACUCUGUCUUCUCUGCAUUCCUCGAAUGUACAAGUACUACAUCUACACAAAAGAUGUAAAUGCCAAGUGGCUUGCAAAGUUGUAUCUGGGCACCAUAUCCCUAGGGAUUCUUUGUUGGCUUUUGGAUCGCGUCUUGUGCAGGGAAGUCUGUGGCUGGUACUUUAACCCACAAGGUCAUGCUUUGUGGCACGUCUUUAUGGGGUUUAAUUCUUAUUUUGCAAACACAUUUUUAAUGUUCUGUCGUGCUGAGCAAUUGGGAUGGAAUCCAGCAGUAGUCCACUUCAUGGGGUUCUUCCCUUAUGUGAAGAUUCAAAAACCAAAGACUCAGUGAAUGAAGAAGUUGGUGCCUCUCACUCAUGUUGUGUUUAGGUGUAUGGUUUUGGCAGGUCAGCAAUAGUAGUCACAAUUCUUUUGUCCACUUUGUGGUUAAUGGAUGUAAAUGAUUUUAUUUUGGCAUGUUGGAUAUGUCUAAACCAGUGUUUUUGUCAAGCAUGAGAAUGUGAAAGAACAUAUGCUUUGGUCACAACACAAUGUAUAAUAUAGUAUUUUCCACUGUGGAUUCUGUUUCAGGUAGGUAUAAGUUCUGAAAGGUGGAUGUUUAUUCUCUCCUAACUUUUUAUAUAAGUUAGAGCUUGGCUUGUGAUUGAUUACAAUAAUGACGAUUGAUUUUAUUCC